AUGCCCGGCUCCCGCUUCUCCGACAUGGCCGACCAUGAUUCUGCCAACAGCCUCUAUGGCCUUCAAGAUCCGAAUCUAGGUGGUUUCGUUGAUGAUGGCUCGGCCGUGAAAUCCGACCCCUCCUCAGCCUCCCUGCCCAACGAUUCCUCCCGUCCCCAGACCCAGCAACAAUACUACGACGCUGCAUGGCACUUCAACGGCACGCCCCCUUACGACUCGUACGACCCCUCUAGCAGCACCGCACCUCCUGCUCAAACUACCUAUCAACCUUCUCCUUGGAAUCUCGCUUUCGGUCAGGAUCAGCAGAACCUUCAACAGCUUCCCAUCUCUACCGGCAUCGACGGCCUUCCGGUAACCGCUUUCAGCUCCGAAUCAAUCUACGCCGCUUCAAAUCCUCCCCUGCGACAGCCUAGUUUCAACGACAACACCGUUCUUCAGCCAGCCCUUAUCAGCCAUUUGACUCCUGCUUUGCAGGAGAAGCUGCGCAACAUCGCCAUGCCACCGCAUCUCCAAUACCACUCUCCCAAGAGCGCCUCCAGCCCGGACUCAGCAAAUGGCGAACUCAGAAGGGGUAUCUUUUCAUCACCGGAUCCCGCCGAUGGAUCUUCGAAAGCAUCGCGAAAGCGCAAGUCUUCCGCCGACCCUGAGGAUGAAGAGGAGGAGGAAGAGGAUGGCGAUCAACCAGUGAAGAAGACCGCCCAUAACAUGAUUGAGAAGCGAUAUCGAACCAAUCUAAAUGACAAGAUCGCUGCUUUGAGAGAUAGCGUUCCCAGUCUUCGCAUCAUGUCGAAGAGUGCGCGAGGUGAAGACACGACUGAAGAUCGCGAGGAACUCCAUGGUCUGACCCCAGCUCAUAAGCUGAACAAGGCUACAGUUUUGAGUAAGGCGACUGAAUAUAUUCGACAUCUUGAGAAGCGUAACAAUCGGCUACUCGACGAAAAUGGUGCUAUGCAAGCCCGAAUUGCCGCCUUCGAGAAGCUUUUCAUGGCCGGGGCGAUGAAUGGCGCCAUUAGUCCGCUUCAGCAACCACCUACGCCAAUACAAUAUGCACAGGAUGCACAGCAGUUUGUCGGGGGCCCGUCGCAGGAUGCUAACGCACAGCCAGGAGGAAUGAUUCAAGUUCCCGAUGAUAUGAAGAGAAUCAUUUCGCAACAAAUGGCUUCUGGUCAACCAUAUCCUGUACCCCAACAACAGUUUCGCGGUGGAAAUCCCGCGCUCAUUCGACAGCAGCAGCUUCAACAGCAACAGCAAAUGCAGCAGGGGCGGUGGAAUAAUGCCGGUCCAUACUUUGGUAAAUUGAUGGUUGGCUCACUCGCUGGUCUGAUGAUUCUGGAGGCGAUGCAUGAGGAUGAAGUCAGCAAUGAAAAGCCUGAAGGUCGUGGUUUGUUCGCCAUGCCUAUUCAGCUUCUGAAGAGUGCAGCGAGCGGCCUUGACCUGACCGUUGGAGGCUAUCAUCUUCAUACUUCACUCCGAAUUAUUCUCCUGCUUGGAACAUUCAUUUGGGUGUUUGUCCCUUCACUAUUCACACGAGAUUCACAGAAGUCGAAGAAACCACAAGUCGGGGUUCUUCAGGCAGCCCCAUCGCUCGCUUCACCGAUUCAUGUCCGCCGACAAGCUUGGCUUACCGCUAUCCAGACCGUAUGGGUCCCUAGUCACAAUUUCUUCCUCGAGGCGGCAGCUCUCAUCUUGAAGACUUUCAAGCUCAGCCUCCGAAAUGCUAUUGGAGUUCAUGGUUAUCAAGCAAUCACUGGUUUGACUCAGGAGCAGGAAACCGCUCGUGUCCAGGCAUGGAGCAUAGCCCUCGACUCGCAGCUGGCUGGUGGCGAUGUCGAGAUCAACAAGAGCCGUCUUAUUCUCACACUCCUCGCUUCCGGCACCCUCCCCGACACUCCUGCUAGACUCAUGCUCAAAGCCCUCCAUAUUCGCGUUCUUCUCUGGGACCUGAGCCAGAAUCGACUCCAACUUGGGGCAAUCAACCUCAUCGCUGCCAAACUUGCCCGCAGCAAGUGGAAUGAGGCCCGCCAACUGCAUCGUCUCCUUAGCCAACUUCACCGCGAGUCCUCCGAGCAGCAUGACGACGAUUUGCCCGAACAUCUGGCUCUUUUGGUUGAACAAGACUGCGAUGAAGUGCUCAACGAUGAUGUUAUCCAGCGAGCACACAACCUGGCUUUCAAUACCGAUACUGAUUACAACGUUGUGACCCCUAUGGAUGGCAUGGAUUCUGUUGUUGACGAUACCGCUAUUGGAUCUCCCCUUGAUGCUGUUGCUGCCUGGUGGUCGACCCAAUUCCUACACCGAACUUUGGUCGCCACAUUGGAAAAGGAUGAAGAGACGCUCAGCACCAAGGCAGAAGAUAUCGAACUCACCAUCAAGGCUGCACCCUUGGGUUCAACCGCGCAGGCUCGGGCAAUCGUGGCACGAGCAGUUCUCAUUGAUAAGGCACGCGGCGCUAACAUCGCCUCUGCCUUGCAAUCAAUGGGCAACGAAAAGGUCGAUGCUCUCCUGAGCUCUUCCAUUUGUGUCGUUGACUCAAGCUUCCAGGCUUCAACUCCCGAUCUCCGACUUGCCCUACGAUGCGCCAUGGCCAUCGCUCACCUCCGACGUGUCGAAUGUACUCCUGGAAGUACUCACCAAGGACUCCGUAUGAUUGAGUCAAUCAUGGCCCGUGGCAACGCCCCGCAGAUGUCUCUUAUUGGAUGCACUGCAACCCUUGAGCUGAUGGAGGAGCUCUACGAGCACAAAGCAGCAGCUGAGACCUUCCAGUCCUCUCUUGAGCGACUAUCUGGUGGUCUUCGUCUAUGGAUGGGCGGAUCUCCCGGGGAGAAGUGUGGCGUUGCCUCUGAUGUAAGAGAGAAGGUCGUCAGCCGGUGCCUGGCUAUCAACAAGAGUAUGGUGGGAAUUGAUUCGGAUACCGGCUAUGGAAGCCUUGAUGAAUGCGAAGACGACGGAUGUUAG